AUGGCAGGACUGGUAAAAGGAGGUCUAGCCUUGGGCAAGGUAGUGGGAAAGGUCGCCGCACAAGGCGGCAAAGAAGUAGCCAAGAAGAAGGCGGAAGAAGAACUAAAGAAAAAGGCAGACGAAGAAGCCAAACAGAAGGCAGACGAAGGAACCAAGCGGAAGGCUGAAGACGAGGCCAAGCGGAAGGCGGACGAGGAAGCUAAACGGAGGACAGAUGAGGAAGCAAAGAAGGCAGAAGAAGAAGCCAAACGGAAGGGAGAAGAGGAUGCUAAACGGAAGGCGGAUGAAGAAGCCAAACAGAAGAAAGACGAACAGGUUAAAACCCAGAUAGACAAGAAGGUAAAGGAAGGCAAGGAAAAGGCACCAAAAAUUAACGAAAAAAAGGUUCCUAAGAAGGAAGAAUCUGAGGAGGAAGAAUCUGACCAGGAAGAAUCUGAGCAGGAAGAUUCUGAGGAAGAGGGCUCUGUGGAGGAGUCUGAGCAGGAGUCCGGGGAAGAGAGCUCUGGGGAGGAUGAUUCUGAGGAAGAGGACUCUGACGAGGACUCUGACGCAGAGAAUUCUGACGAGGAAGGCUCUGAGGACGAGGACGAGGGCUCUGACGAGGGCUCUAACGAGGGCUCUGAGGCAGAGGAAUCCGACUCUGAGGAAGGGGCUUCUGAGGGAGAGGACUCUGAGGAAGAGGGCUCUGAAGAGGGCUCUGACGAGGGAUCCGAGGAGGGCUCUGAAGAAGAGGAAGAGGCUUCUGAAUCUGAAGACGGUGGCUCUGAGGAGGAAAGUGACUAG